AAACCCUGUCUUUAUAUAUAUGUGUAAGUGGGCGAAGAGUGAUUGUGAAAUGUAAGAAAGGAGAAUAAUAAUAAUAAUAAUAAUAAUAAUGGCAAGGAAAUGCACGUAUUGUGGGAAUUCUGGUCACAAUUCAAGGACUUGCAACCACAGUUUCAGUAGUACCACAGGGGGGAGUAGUGGAAUAAAGCUCUUUGGGGUACAACUUGAUGAUAAUCAAUAUUCUUCUUCUUCAUGCAUGGACUACCUGCUAUCCUUAUCUGCUGCUGCUUCUUUAUCAUCAUCGUCGCUUGUAGGUGCAAAUAAAAAUUCACAUGAAAUAUCUUAUUCUUACUUAACCGCCGGUGCCAGCAGUAGUGGUCUUAUGUCAACGAUCAAAGACAAUAACAAAGGAUUGGCAUGGAGUGAGGAGGAGCACCGUAUAUUCCUAGAGGGGUUGGAGAAGCUGGGGAAGGGUAACUGGAGAGGCAUAUCCAGAUGUUUUGUGAGAACAAGAACGCCCACUCAAGUGGCCAGCCAUGCACAAAAGUAUUUUCUCCGGCGGAACACUUUCAGAUCAAGAAAACACCGCCUCACCCUAGCAAAUGAGGGCACUAGGAAUAGCGAUGCCGUUGUUCUAUCUCACUGGCUUGCCUCUGCAACUUCAACAAAUUGCACCUCAAUCCAAAGCGCAGCAGCUCCUGAUUUAGAAUUGAAACUUGCAACUCCCUCUCCCUCCCUCUAAUAAAGUGGUUAGCUAGUGUAACUUACUGUAUGUGCCUACAUAUAUUCUGUGUGUGCCACUUACAGUGUUCCAUAUAUAUAUGAAGCUGCAACUUUAGAUAUA